AUGGAUUCAGCUUUGGAUAAACAAAAUAGGAAUAAGAAAAUAUUUUAUAACAGAAAAAAUAAUAUAAAACAAAUUAUACACAACGAACCAACACCAGAUGAAUUAAUUAGAAUUGUUGAAGAAGCUGAAAGGCUUGAAGAGGAAGAAAGACUUAAAAAUGAUGAAUUAUAUGCACAAAGAGUUGCAUUAGAAACAUGCAAAGAUGAUUCUUUUAAAAAACACGGACCACAAUUAUAUGAUUAUUUAAAAGUUGCUAGUCAUGUAACUGAUAGGACAAAAAAGUCAUCUAAAAAUGCAAUUGAUACAAAAAUUGUUUUAAAUCUUUGUGAUCUACCAUCAAAUACCUGUUUAAUAUGUACGGAGGAAGCAAAAAAUCCAGUAGGUUGUUUGCACUGUUUACAAUUUUUGGGAUGCAAAAAUUGUGUUAAAAAAUGGGGAAAAGUUUCAAAUGUUGAAGAUUGUAAUAAUGAUGGAUUGAGGAAUUUAUUUAUUAGUAAUGACAAUCACUAUAGAUGUUUUCUUUGUCGAGCUAAAUGGAAUAAAAAAUGUGAAGAAUUUUGUUAUUUUGCGUAG